AGCUGAAAGCAGCGCCAAGGCUCAUGCGGCACCUGCGACCCUCGGAUGAGUUUUUGGACUUACAGACUGUGCACGAUGUGGAAAUGGAAGCUCCACUAUUUUGACUACUAGCUAGUAGUGGGCUUGAAGUUUUUGGCUACGACUGCACAUGUAUUUAACACGGUACGCUGAAAGCCAGGGAGUUACUGUAACUCAAGUAAUUAGUGCACUCUUUCUCCUCUCCCUGCUUGCAAGUUGACGUGAUGACGAUAGGUGCAGCUAGAGUCAUGGAAGGGAGUAGGCACAACCAGAUCAGAUAUUAUUUGGUCGUCGCCAUCUUCCUUUCAGUCUUCAACUGGGCUGUUUUGGCCAACCCACACCAAGGUGAUCCGCUGAAAUACGUCACAGCUUUCCCAAUUAAACCUGUUACUCCGAACAUGUACUUUGGCCGGCCCAACACCGCACCGAAACUUCUCAACGAGGCCGUCAUGUUCCGAGAAAACAACCGAAGCAAGUUCACUCUCCAUCUCAUGUACAUCGUCAAAAAGGUAUCUAAUAUAUCAACGUACUUGGAUGUUGCAGUGUACGACAUAAGUUAUAUGCGAGGUCAAACCUGGCGAUUGUUUGAGCGUGAAAUUAACCUGGUUUCAACAAUAGGACCGAGGUGUUCCUCUUCGCCGUUCAGUAUACCGAGCAUAGCUGUGUCUCCAUCCAAGCAUCAGGUAAUUCUACACGGUUUUGGUCCUGGUGAAUGUGCCAACCUGCUUCUGGUGUACCAGGACAGAAAGACCAGAGUCAUUGGAGCGGACCAGACACCAGGGAAAAACCACAUCGGCAAUUUUGGAUCUGUUCUAAUCACCAUUCCCGUGCCAAGUCUGCUGGUAAGAAAGUUAAACCUGUCGGCAUCCACGUUCUACCUCAUAUCCUUGGGGGGAUGUUCGUGGGAAGUCUUUGUUCGAUCCAAGGGGCUUUGCGCACAAUCGUCUAGUAGCUUGCAUCGUCUUCUUGUACAGGAUUAUGUGGCCGGGGAGUGGGAAUUUGUUCAGACGAGCGGAAUCAAGAAACCGAAAGGUUCACUUUUCACCGGACUCUACCCUGAUGACGAUAAUUUAAUACUGAUUUUCGGCGGGAUAAGUCAAUAUGCAAGCCCUAAAGCAAACACCAGCCUAUUCACCAUGGUUAUCCAGAGAUUCGACGUUUUCACGUCAACUUGGAUCCAGCUGAAAACCAAUACCAUACAUUAUGACUUGUCAGGACCGAGCGAAUAUGUCAAACGUAUAGAGAGCGUAUCGUAUGUACGGGCAUCACGAAGGUGGGUGACCAUAUAUUGGUCUUGGUCACGUUUAUUGAUUUCUUGCAGUAUUGGGGAAACGGCAGUAAACUGCGCAAGGCCCUUUACUCCACAAUCCUCCUUAUUCUUCUCUAUUGGUGACACCUUCCAACUGUCGUUCGGACAGGGAAAUGUAUUCCUUGUGAGGAAAAAUUCCGGGAUCAUAAAGACCAUCAUUUCAGAAGUCUAUGAAGCAAACAAAACCAUUCAACGGUUGGAUUUUGUUGACAUAAAAGCACAAAUGCCACAGCAUUUUCCUGGUUUUGCAACUACCAGCGCUGCCACGACGCCAGCCAUUCUGGUUCUCACCAGCACAGUUCGGACACGGACUUAUGUGUUUUUUGGAUCCGCUGGGAACACCGCGCUAUUUUCCGCGAUGUCUACGUGGAUCUUAGAAACACGAUCGGGAACGACGGGCUUUAGGUACACUCUCUUUCACCCAAGGCCUGGGCCUGAUAUUCCUCAACGCAUCUUCCAUACUGUUACCUUAAUGACAAACAGCACCGCCAUAUUGUACGGUGGUUCAAGUGUAGGUGUGCUCAGUUUUCGUGUUGAGAUGGAUCCUUAUCCCUGGUGCUUUAACCUUCAGCAACACUUCUGGACUAAAGCUACUUUCACCACUGGCAACGUUCCCACUGCCAGAGCGCGACACGUCUCAUACCGAUACAACACAACUGCCAUGAUUAUACACGGUGGCGUACAUGUACAUGUAGAACAGACAAGCUCAGUACAUCACGACAGGAUCCUAGGUGAUUUAUGGGUGUUCAUCGUUGAUGAUGAAGAUCAAUGUCAAGGCCGAUGGCACAACCUCACAGCUCAUGUCAAGAAAGGACAUCUCCCAAGACAAUACAGUCACACUGCCACACCUACAGAUGGCGGAGUUAUUCUAUAUGGGGGAGCAUAUCCAACAUCUCCUGUGCUCAGACCUUCUGUGCUCACGUUCCUUUGUAUACGAUCACUGAGCGAAGUGCUGGUCCACGAUAUCCUCAUUAGUCCAAGCAUCCCUACUCGUAUUGGUCACAGUCUGUCGUAUUUCAACUCUGAUUUGAUCUUACUAGGCGGUGAGCAACAUGAAGGUCGUGGUCCAAGGGUGACAACAGCUAAAUGGGCAUUACUGAUAUCUUUCCGAACAAAUGUCACUUCUACGGUGGCUACUUGGACUAGAUUCUUCCAAUCCAUAAUAUCGGGUCAUACUGUACUGGGUGAUACGGUAUUCGGUGGCGAUGUAAUCAAUCCCAGGGAACUUAGCCACUUUAGUAUUCUCAACACCACUGGACUGUGUCCUAUUGGACAUGAACGAGAUCAAAACAACACCUGCCACCCAUGUGCCAUUGGGUAUUACUCAGCCAGCCUUCAACAACAAUGUACAAAAUGCAACCAAUCACUGACAACCAGCAGUGUGGCAUCCAGUCAUUGUGUACCCGAGGGCCCGUGCAAGCCACACAUCUGUAACCAUGGUAACUGUAUCGUCGACGAAGUCAACUUCAAAUAUAUCUGUGUAUGCCAAUUCGGAUAUCUUCCCGAUGAUGACUGCAAGACACCAUCCAUCUACCUGGCCUUGAUGGCAGCUCUUGUUUUCACGUCCACUCUAACUAUACUCACCAUUGCUCUCAUUCAGUUCUUGAGGAAGAGGAGAGCCCUCAAUGCCAAGGAACUUGAAUUAGUCAAGACCAACCGUGACCUCUACCGUUCCAAACGAAAACUUAGUCAACUUGAUCAUGGAACAUACAUUGCCUGGUCGGAUAUGAAGAUCAAGAAACAACUCGCUACUGGGAGAUUCAGUAAAGUAUUACUAGCAGAGUUAGGCGAUAUCACUGUUGUGGUUAAACGACUACCAACAUUCGUUGCCACUGCAUCACCCGAUGACGCCUUUAUCCGAGAAGCUGAAGUUCUUCGUACUUUACGUCACCCCAAUAUUGUCAUGUUCUUGGGAGCUGGAAGGGACAAAAGAUCAGGCUGCCCUUUUCUGGUGAUGGAGUAUUUAAGACGAGGCUCACUCUACGAUGUUAUCCAUGGUGAAUCCAAAGUGAUUGAACACAUCGAUCGCCUUCGCUUUUCCCUGGAUGCUGCACGUGGAAUCAAGUACCUGCACAGUACAAGUCCUCCAAGAAUUCAUCGUGAUAUCAAGUCAGCCAACAUGCUGGUCAGUGAUAAAUGGGUGGUGAAAGUAGCUGACAUGGAGACAACACGAUUUCUUGCAAUCCUCCGGGCUAACACUGAUCCAAAGGAGACCUCACCCAGUGCUGCGAACGGAGAAAUGGAUCGUCCUACACGUACUACAUCCUUCACAAGCCAGGAAUCUGAUCUGCUGACAACACCCCUUCUAGCUACCACAGUGCUCAGUGAUGACAGCCCUGGUAUUACUCCCUGCCAGGACAGGCAUAGAGACACAGAGGGUAUGACAUCACGUAUUGGAAUGACGUGUGGAGUAGGCACUGAUCGCUGGAGAUCACCUGAAUCUAUCAAGAAGAAUCUCUACACGGAGAAACACGAUGUUUACAGCUUUGGCGUGGUGAUGUGGGAGCUGAGCACUCGUCAGAUACCCUAUGGACAUCUGCACAACUCAGAUGAUGUACUUGAUGAAAUUGCAGGUGGUAGCAAACUGAUCUUUCCACCCAGCAUCCGCUAUGCAUAUCGUCAUCUUGCUGAACAGUGCAUCAAGACGGAUCUUGAAGAACGACCAUCUAUGCAUCGCGUAGUCCACGAGUUGACCUCACAAUUGGAUUCCUUUUGAAUUGAACCAGCACCAGUACGGAUGUUUGUAGUCCAGGAGUGCACCUCGCAACUAGAUCCCAUUUUGAAUCUCACAAGGUGCAUUGGGUCUUCAACAAGCGUGCACCAUGGCUUUGCGUGUAUCGUGGUGAUGAUCACGCAUCCUGCCAGGACGCACGAACUGUUACUUUAUAAUAGCAAAGCACACAAAAUCACAAUGUGUUAGCCACUUCACCCAACCUUGACUGACAACCGUGUAUGUCUGUUGAAGCGGAGGUAACUCUCACUAUAUGCAUGCUUGGAGAUCAGGUCCAAGUCACGAUAGUGUUGGACUAUUUGCACGCGUCACAUGCCAGCAGCCCCUUCCCCUUUUUUCUCUGGCACGGAAUCAUGGAUUUUUGAAUGUCACUAUCAUUAUCACAGAAAAAGUAGAUGUAAAUGGAAAACCCCUAUCUGCGUAUUUAGUUGUUGUUUUGGCACCUAACAUGUCACGUGAUGUGGCUUUGACUUUGGCAUUAGCCUGAUUAGGUAUACUACGGUAUUCCACUGUUGCAGGUUGCUAUACUUGAAAUUAAUGCAUUGUUCAGUGUUGCAGUUCGCACGUUUUGGCUUCAUGUCUGCCGUUUCUUGUUUGUCACCACCUGUGCUGCUUUUCUCCAUGUUGCGUUCUUGCAGCAUUGUCCUCACGCACGCAACUAGUGUAACUGUAUUGUGCUGAUCCAUGCGUUUUCCUGCAUUCUGAUAGGAGUCGAUUAUCCACACCUGACCGGCAGUGGGGAAAGUGGUCAUACACGUUCUACACAAUCAGUGUCACACUCUCACCCAUUUACCAUUGUGGAAAACUCGCCUUCCACUGGUAGAGUGUGUUACUGCCUACGGGACAGCUGGCGCUUUUCCUGCCGACUUGAUGCUUGACCCACUCACGAUUAUUUCUCACGCCAUUAGUUCUAGUUCUUCCUAAUAUCCGCUUGCAUGCUGACCAACAAGAGUCUUAUUCUUCAGCCAACGUUUACAACAAUAGUGAUCAUGUCACAUUGUGGUCCUUUAAUUUUAAUCCUUGGCUCUCCAUCUGA